AACACAAGAUAGAUUGCCGAUGUUCAUCUAUCCAUCCAGGGUUGCAGGGGCUGCGUGUUGGAGCAUGCACUGAGUGAGCAGUGAAGAUGGAAAGUGCCUUCUUGAACAUACAACACAGUCAACGGACAAUCUUUUCUGAGUGUGUGAAUAGCCUUUCUAAGCAUUUUAGAAGCUAUGUAAUCCCUCCUUUCAAUUGCAACAGAAAGAGGCCAAAACAGAGAGGCCUGAUUUACCUAGCAGUUAAGGCUGUGGCUCCUCUGUGCCUUCUCCUGUUACUCAGACCGUGCCCUUUGUCUGGGGACAGGGCUUGGUAGGGGUAAAAUUUGCAUGCCAAGGGCCACUUGAAUGUGAAGCUCCCCGGAUUCUCACUACCUGACAUGCAAAACCAGUGGAAGACCAGUUAAAAUGAUGCACACGCACAGGUGUACUCCAGUCAAAACACUUAGCCUCCACCCCCAACAUCUCUUUCUAUAUAGCUCUAAAUCUUCACCUGUCUUCCCAGAGAGUCUCAUGGAAAUAAGUGCUGUGAUUAUGCUGGGCCACUGUACCUGCAGGUUGUGAAGAGAUAAAAAGGUAAGGUAAUAUCUGGUUUGAAGCAUUUGAGUACAAGGAUCGGAGGUUGAGGUUAAGGUUAAUUUCAGAAGUAGAAGAAAUAAAGGAACACAACAGAGAAUUAAAAGGAUGCCAAGGUCUUUCCUUGUGAAAAAGAAACGUGGGGCAAGUGGAGCAUGGCAAUGGAAAGAGCCGGAACAGCUGGAGUGGAAAGAAGAUAAUAUAGUAGUGGGUGAAAAUAUUAAAAAGCAUGACAUCUGGCACCCUGCCAUCGUGCCUCAGCCAGUAGCCACCUUAGAAUGUGGAAAAGCAGCCAGGCCAGAUUGGAACACCAGGCCAGAUUGGUCCACGUUGAUGCUCCAGGGCUCCUUCUACCAUCCCAGUACGUUGGCACUUGUCAGCAGAGCAAAGCCUCGACCGCGUACUUCCCCCAGCUCAGGUGACUUUGUUUGCUCUGUGUGCCACAAGAUCUUCCCUCUGCAGCGUAUGUUGACUCGACACCUGAAAUGCCACAGCCUGGUGAAGAGACAUCCUUGUCGAUUCUGUGGCAAAGGAUUCAACGAUACCUUUGACCUCAAGAGGCAUAUGCGAACACACACAGGUAUCCGUCCCUACAAGUGUGAGCUGUGUGAGAAAGCCUUCACACAGCGUUGUUCACUGGAGUCCCACAUGAGGAAGAUUCACGGCAUCCACCAACAGUAUGCUUACCGUCAGAGACGCUCAAAGAUCUUUGUGUGUGAGGAUUGUGGUUACACCUCAAGUCGCCCUGAUGAGUACUUCCUGCAUGUAAGACAGUGCCACCCUGGCAGCCCAGCUCUCCGCAGGUACUACCGCCGCCAGGCCCAUGAGAACAGCAGCUUUGCAUCAGCAGACCGUAAACUCAACCCCUAUGUGAUGUACUCAUCCCCUGCAUACUACAUGUAGAGUUCAUUCUGUUUCUGUCUUAUGUUAUUGUUACUCCAAAAGAUAUUCAUAGAUGAAAAUAAUGUUAGUUUUAGUGGAGUACGCUUAGACCAUGUACAGAACAUAGCCUUUUUGUGUUCAUCAGUUUCAGCAAUUGUUUUACCUGAAGUGCUGUAUGUAGCCUAUUUACCUAUGAUAGAAACCCAAGAAUCAAAAAUUACCAAUAGAACAAAAUCUGAGCAAGUCAAAAAAGAACUGGGCAGGCAAUGCUUCUAUUCUGAAAACCUCCAGCUGGGAAUGAAGCCACAUGGAGGACAGAAGAAAAUCAUUUUGCAGAUAGAGUUUGACACAGCUGUCUGCUGUGGAAUAAAGGCCCAUGAAGCUGGUUUGCAAGUUUCCUGGUAUGGCUGGCAAAUGUUAACUCCACUUUGUUAUCAAAAGUUGGUAACUUGUUUUGUUCAUGUAUUUCUUCAGUGUCAUUCUGUCAAUCUUUUGGUCCUUUGCCACAGAUAGAACAAACUUCUCCUUUGACUCUGAAUCUAUACAAUAUCAUAAAACUAUACUAAAAUACACCUUUACUCUGUACAUAUAUAGUCUGUUUAAUUCCCCUGGAUAGUUCAGGUGUGGUUUGCAGUUUUGAAAGUCAUCAACACAAUUUCUGACACCACAAUCUACACAAACCACAACACAGGACAAGAAACCCAAUGAUAGAUAUUAAAUGGCGAAAGUGCUUCCUUUGUUAUAUUCAUAUAACACUCGCAUAUGUGUGUGUAUCACAGCUUGUGAGAUGGCAUCAGGGACAAAGGUGUUUUAAUAGCACCUAGUUUUACACCUUGGGAAUUAAAACCUCUGUCCAGAGGGGAGAAGCUGAAACUCACUGUACAAAAAGGUGCAAUUUGUCAUUUAAAAUGGCACUGGUUAUCCACUGUGACAUUCUGGCAUACAGGGAUGCCAGAUUCAGUUGUGACGCACCAAUCAGCUUACUUGCCCAUUGUACAACUUGAUUAAGGGAGUUCUUGGUAAGAUUGAUUCAAUAAAAGCAUGAUAAAAUAAGAUCAUCAUGGUUUUAUCUACAUGGAGGUAGAACAGUUUCCUCAGACAAUGUAAUUGCUGGUGCCUCUUUUUACACACACCUGCACAAUUCUCUUCAAAUUAAAUUUUGAGUCGAUAAUUGUCCCAAAGUAUUUAUAAGAUGGCACACAUUGCACAGACUGGCCUUUCAUAUUUGUAACAUCAUGAGUGUAAGCAUGUUUCCUAAACUCAAAUAUCCAUCCAUC